AUGACAAACGUCCAAUCUUUCCGCGACCUAAUCGGUCUCCCCCCUUCCACAGCCUCUACCAAAGACUCAACCCUAAUCAUAAUCGAUGCUCAAAACGAAUAUGCGACCGGCCACCUCCAAGUCGAACUUGUGAACGAAACCCGCAAAGUAAUCUCCGACCUCCUAUCCCUCUACCGAAGCACGGGCAACGGCAAAAACAUCGUUCAUGUCGUCCACGAAGUACCAGCCGGUGCACCAGUCUUCACACCGGGAACACCUCUAGCAGAAGAGUUCAGCGAACUCACCCCUCAGUCAGGCGAGAAGGUCGUAGCGAAGAAUUUCCCCAAUUCGUUCGCUCAGACCGAUCUUGAUGAGUAUCUAAAGGGGUUGGGCGAGGUCGGGAAGAAGAUCGUUCUUGUUGGGUAUAUGGCGCAUGUUUGUGUUUCGACGACGGCGAGGGCUGGGGCUGAGAAGGGGUAUGAUGUUAUUGUUGCUAGGGAUGCGGUUGGUGAUCGCAAUAUUCCCGGCGUUAAGGCGAAGGAUCUUGUGGAUACUGCGUUGUUUGAGUUGGCUGAUGCUUUUGCGACUGUUUUGUCGGCGGUGGAGAUUCGGGCUUAG